AUGUCUUUCACUUGUUUCCCUCGACUUCCAGCAGAGCUGCGCUUGAAGAUCUGGAAGCACUCUCUUCCCGGUCCCCGUAUCAUUACCAUGUAUAUGGAGCUUAGGGCUGGCCAUGAUCUCCUCAAAGCACGAGCGCCAGAGGAGAGUGAAUUGAACGCUCUCUACUACGCAUGCAAAGACUCUCACAAUGUAUUGAAAGCUGCCUUCAAACGCCAAUUUCACGGGGUAUUCAUGCAAUGUCCAAUCUGGUUCAACGAGGAGAUCGAUACUAUCUUGUUCGCUAGUGAAAAAGCAAUGUCUCAUUUCUUCGUUGAGUCGAGUCAAAGGAGAUCAACAAACCGGACUGGGCCUUACAGCGUGAAGUACCUGAUUUUGGGAUAUCCACUCGAAACUUUACUACUGGUGCGGUUGGGUUCAGCAGAUGAAUUGGCUAAGGAAAUCAUGUUCCUUGUUUUUCAGGCUGUCACUCGUUUCAUCAAUCUUCGACAACUUACCUUUGUCUUGGGUUCUGCCUAUGAGUUUGAUACCCAGGCUGUCAAUAUGGAAUUUCGAAGUGUCAAUCACAUGGACAAAGAAGCUCCUAUGUAUUUGGGGGCAGGCUACGGAGAAAAUGUGCUGGAUGACUUGAAGUUUGAGCUUGUGCGUCUAACGGAUGUUCAGGAAUCCUGGUCAAACUGAGCAUUGACGGUGAUAGGCAUAGAAUUCCUGCUGGUGG